AUGCUCGCUCCCUCUCUGUUCCGACACUUAACCAGAAUCACCUCUCCCCCCACCGGCGCCCCUCAGUCUACGCAGAGUACAAUACAGACUUUAAGACUGGCAAUUUGUGAAGGUACCUUUGGGCUCUCCGAGGGAGUCCAGGCCCGCCGCAGCAGCACAGAGCCCACGGGGAGUCCUCAGCCCGACCCGGCAGUAGAUACCCAGAGCCCUCCAGGGGCCUCCAAGCCAAAGGCUUUUGAGCAGUACUUGAACGUGGAAGACAGCAGGCUGCUGAGUCAUCUGAAGACGUGUUCUGCAAUGUCCAGACUUCCUUAUGACCUCUGGUUCAAAAGGUGCUUCGCAGGAUGCCUGCCCGAAUCCAGUUUACAAAGGGUCUGGGAUAAAGUUGUAAGUGGAUCUUGUAAGAUCUUAGUUUUUGUAGCUGUGGAAAUUUUAUUAACCUUUAAAAUAAAAGUAAUGGCAUUGAACAGUGCUGAGAAGAUAACGAAGUUCCUGGAAAAUAUUCCCCAGGACAGCUCGGACGCCAUCGUGAGCAAGGCCAUCGACUUGUGGCACAAGCACUGUGGGACCCCGGUCCAUUCAGCCUGACCAUGGACAGCCUGCGGCCCCUGAGCAUUUUGUUCUACUCAGCUGGCCUACUAAACCAAUUAGAAGUCAUGUUCCUGCUGUGGUGCUCAAAAUGCAAUCUUUUUCCCAAUAAAAUAACUUAACCAAAA